UAGCUUGACUCUGCCCGCGUCCCUUCAUAAUCAUCUCGCCCCCGCCCGUCGGGUUUCUUUUAUGCCCCCUCUAAGAUGGAGGCCUUAGGGGGCUACCCCGUCAAGUCCUCCGCGCCCAAAGUGAAGAGGUUGACCGUCCUGUUGAGCAUGACUGUCGGCGUGGGCUGUUUAUUCCUGCUCCAGACACAGCUGCUGAAGCCCCAAAAACCAGUGGACUUUUACUCUUUUGAGGUGAAAGACGCGAAAGGGAAGACGGUCUCUCUGGAGAAGUACCGAGGAAAAGCUUCCCUUGUUGUCAACGUGGCGAGCCACAGCGAACAGACUGAGGCAGCUUACGGGUCGCUCCAGGAGCUCCACAGAGAGCUGGGAACGUCCCACUUCAACGUCCUGGCCUUUCCCUGCGGACAGUUCGGUGACACCGAGCCCGGAACCAGCAGUUACAUCGAAGCGUUCGCCAAGUCUACCUACGGCGUCACCUUCCCAUUCUUUGGUAAGAUCAGAAUAAUGGGCUCCGAGACCGAACCAGCCUUCAAAUUCCUCACAGAUUCCGUGCAGAAAAUUCCCAAGUGGAACUUUUGGAAGUUUCUAGUGAAUCCCGAGGGCAAAGUGGUGCGCUUCUGGCGAGCAGACGAGCCCAUGGAAAGUGUACGCCAAGAGGUGGCGGCGCUGGUGCGGGAGAUCAUCGUAAAAAAGCGUGCGGAGCUAUGACGGUGUUUAUUCAGAGUUACUGAUGGGACACGCAGCCUAAUCCUGUCCUGUGCCAUGACGACCAGGAUCAGCAGGACUGAACUGUUAGGCUACAUUGAGCGUGGUUGGACCAUGACUCCAAACAGUGGAAUGAUCAAACAUUCAUUUUUACAUCAUAGCAGCAAUGUGUGGCUAGUAACAAUGUAUUUGUGUGUGUACGUGUGUAUGGCUAUUGGAUUUGAUGAAAAAAAAUAUGAAUUUUCUUAGACCACUGAUGGAUGUUUAGCCACUGAAGUGUUACAUUUACUGAUGCCCCAAGCUCUUCUUUGAAACAUCUCAACGAUUUUUUUGUUUUUUAAUUAAAAUGUAUUUCUACAUCAA